AACAGGAGGAAGAUUCUUUCCUCAGUGAAUGUCUGCUGUUGCAGGAAGCGGAUGUUGGCCUAGGACCCUUUGCCUUGAACGCUCCCCGACUAGAGGCCGUUGACUUCUUAUGGCCAAUUUCCCUCAUGCCCGUCAAGGUGUUCGCCGGUCUAGGAAGUGUCGAGGUUGACCCAUGGGGGUUUGUGCUGCCCUUCGGUAUGCGGGUGUGGGUGGCGCUUCUAGCUUUACUCUUCUUGCUCUCCUUCGGCUCCUGCUUCCUCUCCUCCAAGUUAUCAGAGGAAGAUUUUAGCGACGAAGGUUUUGCUUUUGUUAGCAUUACGUUUCGCCAGUCCGUGUGGGUGGAUGAAGGUGCUUGGAUGUGGCAGCGCGUGGUGCUGGGCAUGUGGAUGCUGAUGACCAUGGUGCUGACGCGGAGCUACGAAGGCAAUCUUAUGUCGCUGCUGGCCGUGAGACACCUGCCCCAGCCCUACCAGACCCUCCGGGACGUGGUGGACGACCCCUCGGUGGUCAUGGUCUGGGAGAAGCAGGGAGCACCCAUUCAAGCUGUCAUAGACGCUACUUCUGGGAUCUUCUACGAGGUGAAAAAGAGUGAGGAACAAGGACGACUAAAAGCUAUUCCAGUGUACACGUUUUCCGAUAUCUUGGAGGAGGUUAUAAGUCAACGGAAAGUGAUUCUAGACUACGAACUAGUACUGACUGUCAUCAGAAGUAAUCACUUCUCCCGUACAGGUCGGUGUGACUUGUACGUCGGCCAUGAGAGAAUUGUAGCUCACCCUAUUUCUCUGAUUGGCCAGAAGGACAGCCCCCUCGUCCCGGCUCUCAGCGCUUGGGUAAUCGCCAUGACUGAGGCUGGAUUGUAUGAGCAUUGGAACUCAGCGACGAUUCCCAACUCCAGCGCUUGUAAUCAGGUGAUGAGCAAGAUCACCAUCAGCUCGUCUCUCUCCCUCAGACAGUGCUGGGCUAUGCUGCUUCUGCUACUCGGAGGGCUGAUGGCGGGACUCGUCACUCUAUGUCUGGAGAUGGUGGUCGCUGAAACCUUGAGUCGCUGAACUCUUCAAUACUGAACACUUACUUGUCCUGGAGACGUGUGUGUGUGUGUGUGUGUGUGUGUGUGUGUGUGUGUGUGUGUGUGUGUGUG